CGACGGUUGCCCUACUCGUGUUUGUCCGCCCCGAGUCUCCCUCUUUGACACAGAGGACGGUUAGCACCCACUGCAGUACCAUGUUUCGAGCCGUGUUCCGACUGUCAGCCACGGGGGCCCGGAGCCUGGCUCGGUCACGAGCCUGCUACACAGCUCCAUUGGCCUCCAGAUGUUACUCCCAUGGCAAGGUGGAGUCAGACGAGGAGUUUGAUGCCCGUUGGGUCACUUACUUCAGCAAACCCGACAUAGAUGCCUGGGAACUGAGGAAAGGCAUGAACACCCUGAUCGGGUAUGACCUGGUACCCGAGGCCAAGAUCCUGGAUUCGGCACUAAGGGCUUGCCGGAGACUGAAUGACCUGGCCAGCGCCGUCCGCAUCCUUGAGGCCGUUAAGGACAAAGCAGGCCCCCACAAGGACAUCUAUCCCUACCUGAUCCAAGAGCUAAAGCCAACCCUGUCAGAACUGGGCAUCUCAACGCCAGAAGAGCUGGGCAUUGACAAGUUAUAGGCUGUCAAGGUGAGACUGCACUAUACUACUACAACAACUUGGGAAGUCGAUGUGUACUGUUGCUGGCCAACACAGCCUCAAACCCUGUGUGAGUUUGCUGGCCUACGCUACGUACAGCAGAUCAUGAAUUAUGUUGCAUAUUACUUGCAGCUGAAAAUAACGUGUGUUCUUCUCACCGCAGGUCAUUUGAUAUUUAAAGAGAUGAGCUCCCCUAAUUCUCUUCUGUCAAAUAUGUCUAUAUUGUUGAUUAAAUCCAUGCUGUCCUGUUGUGUACAAAAUGGUGGACCUAUUAAAGAAAACUAAUAAUUUAA